AUGACCCGAUAUCAACAGCCUAUCCGUCAACGAUGGUUAUAUGAACUUCGAACUGCCAAACAAUAUCUUGACAAGCGUGAAAUUCAUAUCUGCUUUACACAAUUUUUUAUUGAGCAACUCGAAAAUGCAAAAAAUGUUCCAAAAUCAUACUUACAUAAGUGGCAAAUAUUUCUUAAAUGGCUUACAGACAG